AUAUACUUAAAAACAAAAUAUAUAUAAAUCCACAAUUAUCUUCAAUCGACAAAAAUUAUAAAUAUAAUAACAAUAAUAAUCGUCUAGAAUUUUUUUUAACAAUCCACAUACAAUAAUUUGUUUGCUUGCCUUUUCUAUCAUCUUGUGAAAGCAUACAUACAUUAUGGAGCAAGUUUCUGAUAAGUCAGAUUAUUCAAGACAAAAGUUAAUUGGAGAAAAUUCUCAAAAAUCAACUUUCCACAAACAUCUCGACAUGAAAGGUUCUCAAAAAGACUGGUUAUUCCGAGUACAGGUUUCUGGUUUAGAAAAGAAUGAACGAGUGUACGUGGUCGGAAAUUUGCCAGAAUUAGGAGCUUGGAAUCAUCAUCAGUCACUUCAAUUGUAUCAAGAAUAUAAUUGUAAUUUAAUGCGUAAUGUGAAAUCUCUUGAUGAUAGUCAUAAUUAUGAAACGCUAAAUGAUGAGGAUGAUAAUGCGUCAGACAAUUUAUUUAAAAAUGAUGAGCAAGAAAUGAUGAGGAAUAACCCAAUUUUUGCAUUAAAAGUUUCUCUACCUACGGAUAAAGAUGUUCAUUUUCGAUAUUUUACAGCCGUAGUUUGUCAAUCUAAUGGUUCUAAGAACCCAGCAAAAACACUUAUUAUUCGGAAAUGGGAAACACAUAUGAAACCUCGAAUUAUCAAAAAAGAUGCGCCUAGUAAUUUUACUGAUCAUUCACUACCAGAGCCAGACCAAUUUGGCUAUAAUAAUGGCUAUUACAAAAUAGAACGGGGCUGGCUUACAGAUGAAACAGUUAUUCAAUUUAAACUUUUCAAUAAUCCUAUCAAAAUAUGGAAAAGUAGAUUACAGAAUAAAAAACUGUACCUAAAGAUGACACCAGUAAAUUUAAAUAGACAUGAUUCGUUAGAGUUACAGUUUACUGGUGACUGUGUAGAUGAUAGUCUUUCAAUGGAUACUCAAGAUGUUGUUGAUCAACCAGCUUUCAGUAUCACGGAAAUAAGUGUGAUGAAUGAUGAAGAGUCAACUUUUAAGUACCAAGAACAAUUUGGUCGAGCUUACGAAGAAGAUGACUUUCUCAUAUUUAGUGUUGCCGUACGAUAUCCAGAAACAAUUGCCUACUUAGUUGAUUACUACGUCUACAGUUCCCGAAGUUUUCCUGGUGAUUCUCCACCUAAUCACAUAGGAUUCAGUUAUAUUUUACCCAGCACAUUGCAAUCUAGUGUCGGAAUUUUAACUAUACCUAUUACCAGUACUAAACAUCGACCAAUUGGACAAUUAACAGUUGAAUAUGUUUGCAUCAAACCAAUUCCGGAUUAUCCAUGGGAUAUGAGCAUAUCUUACGCUAAACAUUGGGAACAACGAUGGUCUGGUCUAGAUGUUGGUCACAGAGGUUUGGGAACGUCAUUCAAAUGUGAAAUGAAAAACUGUGCUAAUGUCCGAGAAAAUACGUUAGCAUCCUUAAAAACAGCAUCUCAUCACGGUGCUGAUAUGGUUGAAUUUGAUGUCCAGCUGUCCAAAGAUAUGAUACCUGUUAUUUAUCAUGAUUUUUAUGUGUCUAUUUCGAUGAAACGUAAAAAACAAAUAGAUGCCAUGGAUAUGCUAGAGAUACCAGUGAAGGACUUGACGUUGGAGCAAUUGCAUUUAUUAAAAGAUUUCAAUUAUCCAGAGGAUUCGAUGGGUAAGGUGCUGUAUUUCUAUGAUAAUGAUGAGCAGACGAUUGAUCAAUUGGUUUAUCAUGUAGCAGAAGCACGUGAAAAAAAUCCACGAUUUUUUGAUGAAGAUUUAGAAGAUCAUCAACCAUUUCCGACACUACAAGCUGCCCUUCAAGAAUUGGAACUACAUGUUGGAUGUAACAUUGAAAUAAAAUGGACAAUGCAAUUAAAGGAUGGAACUUUCGAGCUCAAUCAUCCUUUUGAUCUAAACACAUAUUUAGAUAUUAUACUAAAAGUAGUUUUAGAAUAUGGAGGUGAUAGGAAAAUAGUUUUUUCAUCAUUCAAUCCUGAUAUUUGCGCGAUGAUUCGUCUUAAACAAAAUAAGUAUCCUGUUGUGUUUUUGACGCAAGGAAUAACAAUGAAAUAUCCUACUUAUCAUGAUCCACGAUGUCAAACAAUACCGAUGGCUGUUAGACACGCAUUGGCAGCAGAUAUAUUAGGAAUUAAUGUUCAUACAGAAGAUAUUCUAAGAGAUCCAUCGCAAGUUCAAAUUGUUAAGGAUCGUGGUCUAAUAAUUUUCUGCUGGGGUGAUGAUAAUAAUGAUAAAGAUACAAUUCAACAUCUUAAAAAAUUAGGACUUCAUGCUGUAAUAUAUGAUAAGAUUGAUGAAUACAAUGCAAAAGAAGUCAAAGAAAGUAUUUUUUUAAUAGAUGCCCGGGAGAAUCAGAAAACUCUUUUAGCUCUAGCUCAAUGCAACUCAAACAGCUGUGGAUCAUCACAACAUCCUUCUCAACUGAUAGAUAUAGAUAAGGAUUACAUGCUUAAUUUAGAAGUAACAAAAAAACCGAAAACUACGUCAACAUCUGCCUCGAUGUCAUCGCUUGCUAAUGAUACUACUGAAAACUUUGAAUUUCGAGAAUCAGGAUAGAAAACACAGAAAAAUUUUGUGCACAAUGCAUAAUUCUAUUUCUUGUAAAUCUUUUCUUCGCUGAAAGGCAUUGCUGCGAAUUAAAUUAUAUUUAUAGUGAAAAUAUGAAAAUCACAUUUUCUAAGUAUAAAGUUGAUGGUAUUUUGAUUAUAAUAAAAAAUUGGAAAAUUGCGAAAAUAAUAUUCGAAAAAAAUAAAAAUAUAAACGAUUUUGACAUAUUUUUGUGCUAAUUUUAUGCCUAAACAUUUAUUGUAACGAAAAAUGAAAUAUAACACGGUUAAAAUGUGAAAUUGAAGGAAAUUGUAAGAAAAAUUUCUUAAGAAAUGAGUGUAUACACAAUUAUAAAAGUUUAUUUCUCACAUAGCAGAAAAUCUGUAUAAAAUAGUAUAUCAUGCACCGCAAAACAGGAAAGGAAACUUUAACUUUCCGUGGUGAUGUGAUAAAAAAUUAUUUUAAUCCUAAAAAUAUUAUACUACAGAAUACUCAAAUUUUUUUAUUAUAGUGAGUUCUUACAUUAAUAUUCUUCCUUAAUAUUUUACUAUGUUACAUUCCUGGUGGAAAUAGAUCUACAACAAACUACGUGAAGUUCCAAUAUCUAUCCAUUUUUACAACCUUUUGUUUGUUAUGAUAAAUUGUCAUAUUUAAACACAGUAGAGAUGGGGCCAAGUUGUAAAAAAUCAGGAAAUUUUGUAAAAUGUUUUAACAAUUCUUUAUAGAAAGUUAUCGUUUUUGCAUUGAAUGUUGUAGAAUCAUUUCCACCAGAGAUAAGAAGCAAUAAUUUUCUUAUACUUGCCCAUGCUCUUUUUUCUCUAUUAAUAAAUUAAAUAUAAAUUAAAGUUUACUUUUCAAAUGUAAGCCAUGAAUCUUCGCAAACAGUAGAAAGCAUUUUAUAAUAAAAACUGUUUUAAGUAGGAUUAACAAUUUCAUUUUUACUUUAUAAAAUUUUAUUUCAAUCGAACAGAAGAGGUAAUAUUAAAAAUUCAACAUUGUGCUCGAAGUGCAUCAUUUACAACAAAUAUAUAUUCAGCAAUUAACAUAUAUAUAUAUUAUAGAUCGUCAUGCCUAUUUUUAAUAUAAAUUUUAUAUUAAAAAUUUACACUUUCAGAGGACGUUGAUAUCGUCUGCACAUUCAAGUGAGCAUGACAAUAACAAUAAUAAUAAUCUAUUUUAAUUGUAUGUCAUAUCAAAUACAGGCUUUUUAUAAUACCUCAUACACUCACACAAAUAUUACAGCAGCUUAUACACUACAUUAUACAUGUAAACAGUUUAUUUUUAACAUAGACACGUUAAAUUUGAGUAGGAAUGAAAAUACACUAAGAUGAUUUAUUUCGAUUCACUUAUAUUUUACAGUUUCGUAGUAUUAUAGUUUACAGUGUUUGUACUUUUUCCUCAAUUUACUCAUACCACAGACAAUUUGACUUUGUUGCCUACCAAUUUUCUCAAG